GGGGGCGGGGCGGGAUCACCGAGGGGCGGGGCGGCCGUCCCUUAGGCGGACGCUAGUUGUGUGGAAGAGUGGACUAGAGACCCUCUGGCGGCAGUGCUGAAGUAUGUGCGGACGAACGUCCUGUCACUUGCCUAGAGAUGUUCUCACUAGGGCCUGUGCCUACCGGGAUCGGCAGGGCAGGCGUAGGCUCCCGCAGUGGAGGGACCCUGACAAGUACUGCCCCUCCUACAACAAGAGCCCGCAGUCCAGCAGCCCAGUGCUUCUCUCCAGAUUGCACUUUGAGAAGGAUGCAGAUUCAUCAGAUCGGAUAAUUAUUCCCAUGCGAUGGGGCUUAGUCCCAUCUUGGUUUAAAGAAAGUGAUCCUUCCAAGCUGCAGUUCAACACUACCAACUGUCGUAGUGAUACCAUAAUGGAGAAGCAGUCAUUCAAGGUUCCUCUGGGGAAAGGACGGCGGUGUGUUGUUUUAGCAGAUGGAUUCUACGAGUGGCAGCGGUGUCAGGGAACAAACCAAAGGCAACCAUACUUCAUCUAUUUUCCUCAAAUCAAGACAGAGCAGUCAGGUGGGAAUGAUGCUUCAGACAGUCCUGACAACAAGGAAAAGGUCUGGGACAACUGGAGGCUGCUGACAAUGGCAGGGAUCUUUGACUGCUGGGAACCCCCCGGGGGAGAGCGCCUGUAUUCCUACAGCAUCAUCACUGUGGAUUCCUGCAGAGGUUUGAGUGACAUCCACAACAGAAUGCCUGCCAUACUAGAUGGAGAAGACGCAGUCUCCAGAUGGCUUGACUUUGGUGAGGUCGCCACUCAGGAAGCUCUGAAGCUAAUCCACCCCAUAGAUAACAUCACCUUCCAUCCAGUUUCUCAAGUGGUGAACAAUUCCCGAAACAACACUCCUGAGUGUCUGGCUCCUGCUGACUUGCUGGUUAAGAAGGAGCCCAAGGCAAGUGGCAGCAGUCAAAGGAUGAUGCAAUGGCUGGCUACAAAGUCACCCAAAAAGGAAGACCCUGACUCUCCCAAAAAGGAUGCAUCGGGUCUACCCCAGUGGUCCAGCCAGUUUCUACAGAAGAGCCCAUUGCCUACUAAAAGAGGUACCGCCAGCAGCUUCCUGGAUCGAUGGCUGAAGCAGGAGAAGGAGGAUGAGCCCGUGGCCAAGAGGCCUAACAGCUAGUGACAGACCUCCAUAGCAGGCCUCAGCCUGAUACAGUAUUACUGUUGUCACCAAUUGACUGGAAUUGUAACCAUUUGCUUGGGAAGGUGGUGAUCCAAUGUCAGCUGACCUUUACAGGCCUAGAUGAACAUGGCUACUGUGGGCCCUGCUACCCUUCCUGGCUCAGAUGGAAAAGUGCUUCCCUGCUGGGAGCUUUUCUGUUCCCGGUGUUCUCAAUCUCUGGGCCCUCCUUUAGAGUUAAAUUUUUAAAAUGUAUUUUGUUCUAAAUAAAUUGUGUUUGAUAAACCUUGGCUGGCAAGA